GCUGCGGGGCGCCGGGUUCGGCUCCGCGCGGCGGCCGGGAUCGAGGCUGGGAAUCGCGUGAUCCGCCCGGGUUGGAGCCGGGGGCGGCCGGCAGCUGCCUGUCGUCUUGCAGCGCCGAGGUGGCCGGGGCCAGCCCUGGGGAGGGGCUGCAUCCCAGCGGCCUGUCCUUGGCCCGGCUGGACUGUCGGAGGCGGGGCUGCCGGUGCCAGGCCCCGGGGGCGGGACGGAGGGCAGCUUCCCGGACACGGUUGAUAUUUGGGGUCCGCCGCCAGCAGCCCACAUCCGUCCACCCGCCUCUUGGGCUCUUGGGGCCAUGGCCAUGAACCUUCUGGAAGACUGGUGUCGGGGGAUGGAAGUGGACAUCCACAGGUCCCUGUUGGUCACGGGCAUCCCGGAGGACUGUGGCCAAGCGGAAAUCGAGGAGACCUUGAACGCGGUCCUCGCCCCCCUGGGCCCCUACCGCGUGCUCAACAAGAUGUUUUUGAGGGAGGAGAACGCCAAGGCCGCCCUCCUCGAGGUCGGCGAGGGCUUGAACCUGAGCACCCUCCCCCGGGAGUUCCCAGGCCGGGGCGGUCCCUGGAGGGUGGUCUGUAGAGACCCCACCCAGGAUGCCGAGUUUCUGAAGAAUCUGCAUGAAUUCCUGGAGGCCGAGGGGCGUACCUGGGAGGAUGUGGUCCACCUGCUGCAGCUCAACCAGCAGCCGCAGCCCCAGAACCAGGGUCGGCCCUCGGACAGCUGGGCGGAGGCUUUGGGCGUGCUGCUGGGGGCAGUCGUGCAGGUCAUCUUCUGCAUGGACGCCCAGACCCGCAGCCGGGACGAAGCCAGAGCUCAGGAGUUGGCCGAGGCGGCGGCGGCCUGGGCCGGCACAGCAGGGAAGAAGGUGAAGAAGGAGCCCGGAUUUGCUGCCGAGGUGGGCUCUGCCCUGAAGGUGGAGGAUGCCGGCGGCGCCUGGCCAGAGCUGGAAGACCAGGGGGACCCCCCGAAGCCCCUGGUCCGCAGGACAGGAGCCGCGUCUCGCUCCAGGAGAAACAAGCAGAAGAACCCCAAGCAGGAGCCAGCACCCUGGAAACAACCCAGAGGCAUCCACGGAUCCAGCCAGGCGGCCCUGGAGGCGGAGGCCAGGGCUGGAGAGGCGGAAAGCAUGGAGGUCUCCAAGUCGGGCAGGAGCCCCCCGAAGCCCCCCGUGAAGCAGGAGGAGUCAGCCAGGAAGCAGGUGCCCGGCGACCCAGCCGUGGACUCCGGGAGCCCCGCAGCCGCCUGUGAGUCAGACCAAGACGGGAGUCAGGAGACGCCCCCCAGAAAGAAGAAGAAGGUGCGCCUGGGCCCCGGCUCUUACGUCCUGGUGGGUUCCGAAGACGCCCAGAAGAAGCCGGCGACUCCCAAGAAAGGAACCAUCCCCAGGAGGGAGGCACCGGUCCCCAGGGGCCCGCAGCCCGCAGAGCCGCCUGCCUCCACGUCCAGGGCUCCCACGGCCAGGCCGGGAGGCGCUCCCCAUGCCUCUGCUGAUACCAGUAAGCUUUGAUCUGGGAGCGCCUGGCGGAGGAGUUGAAGGUGGGCCUGGGAAGAAGCCCCAGGCCGGAGCAGCGACUUCUCUUGUGGGCUCAGGCCAGACUUGGGAUGCUUGGGGAUGAGUUUGUGGGUGUCUGGCCCCCGGAGGUAAAUGGCCCACGAGCCCUGGGUGGGAGGGAUGGGGGCGGGCGACUCCCUCUGCCUCUCUCUCCCCCAGGCCUGCUCUUUCCCCUCCGUGUCUCAUCUUCAGAAGCGGGAGAGUGGGUAAGUGGCUUGGGAAAGUUCUCGAACGUUCACUCCCCUCUGUGCACCGGCAGGGUGCGUGCGGUGCUCACCGGCGCCCAGCCUUUCCCCUGACUCCCUGCUCGCUCACUGGCCUUGGCAGAGUGGGGCGGCCUCUUUUCCGCUCCGGUCUGUGCUGUGACCGGUGAGUGGGCAGGGCUGAAGACCCCUCCUCCUGUACAGGGUGGGGGGAAGGAAAUCCUGGAAAAAACUGGCUGACAUCUCCCUUCUGAUCUGAGACAUGCUAAGUAAGACUGGACUGCCGUGUCAUAUGCAUGUGUACACGUGUGUGUGAGUGUGCAUAUGUGUGUGCAUGUGCCCGGGACCAGUGGUUGCCACACUCUGCCCUGAGUCCAAGGCAUCCAUCCAGAGCCAUGUGGGGCAGCCUCUCUCUCGUGUGUUUUCGAGUGUGGAAAGUGACCACAUGACCCUAACCAGCCCCCUCUGUGCACACCGGCAGGUGUUAGCUUGUUUGUGUGCAGGGCUCGAGUUCGGUGUUUCUGCACCAGUGGGCGGAGUCCAGUCCCAUGCACCUGCUGAAGGCCCGAAGGUCUCCCCUGCUGAUCCCCAUGCCCCCUCCCCGUUCUGCCACAACUCCCCAGCUAUGUACUGGCCGUGCUUGUGCCCCCGUGGCUCUGUCCGAGUUGCCCCCUUUGAAGAACGUGAGCUGUUGGGGGUUCAGCUUUAAGGCCUGUUUCUCAGCGGGAGCCUCACUGCAGGUGCAGGGAAAAGGCGUGGCAGCCGCUCAUCGCGAGCAGCAGGGUUUUCCGUGUGCGUGUGCACAACAGCACGCGGGAGCGAGCCGGACUCCCGAGGGGCCCAGGUCCAAGAUCAAGUCCGUUAGGGCUGCGCUGUGUGGACGCCUGGCACCAUGCGUGUACGUGUAAAUAAAGCUCGGCUGAUGAA